GAUGCCGUAAGGUAUAAGCCCCUUGGACUAGCAAAGACUCUGGUCACUGGAGCUCCGACACGCGGACCCCGAACCCCGCGGUGGACUCGUUUGCAGUCUUCGAAAGAUUGUGAGUAUAGCCGGGAGCACAUCGUAGAAUUUAAAGAGCAAUAGACGUGUAAAGCGGGCGUUGCGAGAUGGCGUCGUCAACGGUGCCAGAGCCCGAUUAUUCGUAUCUUGGAUUGAUACUCAGCACGGGCGAUCCACGCACGCGUGACUGGCCAAUGAUGGGCUCUCCAGUUAUCGUUGUGUCGAUUCUUGCCUCGUAUCUAUAUUUCUGCACUUCACUGGGGCCACGUCUGAUGAAAAACCGCGAGGCAUUCAAUAUAAGGCCCAUCGUGCUGGCUUACAACGUGAUUAUGGUCGGACUAAGUUUGUUCUUUUGUGUGCUCACUUUAAAGUUAACUUACGUUGGCCAGGAAAUCGGACCGUACAACGUCGUGUGCGAGGCGACGUCGACGACUGACUCGGUGCUUCUAUACUGGGGCUGGUGGUAUAUGCUCACAAAAAUUGGUGAACUACUAGAUACAGUAUUCUUCGUGUUUUUAAAAAAAAACAGUCAUAUCUCUUUUCUUCACCUACUGCACCACUCUCUUGCUUUAGGCACCGUAUGGAUGGACAUCAAUAACGGUAUUACAGGACAAGUCGCUAUGUUCCCUAUUCUUAAUGCGGCGGUACAUGUGGUUAUGUAUGGUUAUUAUGGUCUUGCAGCGCUACCGUCUUCGGUGAAACCCAACCUCUGGUGGAAAAAGUACGUGACACAGUUUCAAAUUGCACAGUUCUUCGCGCUUAUGGUGCACGGCUUGAUGCCAUUUAUUUUCGACUGCGGAUUUCCUAAGACCAUGGCAUCACUGAUGGUGCUUGAAGCUGGACUCUUCACCUGUCUUUUCUCGGACUUCUACUAUAAGAACUAUAUCAAGGGUCAGGAUGAAAGGUAUAUAAUUGGAUCCAGCACGAAAAGCGAUUAAGAAGUUCUUCAGUGGAAUCUGAAAAGUAUGCAUUACUCAGCAAGACGUCUAAAAAAGCGUCUGUUUAGCCUGUUCGAGAAAUUUACCUUGCCGUACGAUAUUCUCCACAACCACCUCACGCACUCCCUACCUCCUAGCCUUAAUCAAGUGUAAUUUCCUGCAGACGAAUGAUAAUCAAGGUUUGACCCGAUAUCUUUCUUGGAUUUUGGCACUAGGGGGCGGGUGUUGCUUUUCCGAGCUCGACCUCCUCCUCACCUCGCAGUGAGGCGCCCUAGCGUCUGGAACUCAGUACUGACUAACUCAACUUCAAGCGCGCCUUCAGGCGUAUGGGGCGCGGCGCGCGUCGAAGGCUAAAGGAGCCGCUAGCCAUCGGGUGUUCUGCUGGCCAGAACGCGCUCUGUUGUACAUAGUGCUUCCUUAUUUUAAUAAUAAUUAUUAAGAUUAAUAUUAUAUUAAAUUUAUUUGCUGUGUUUUUGGCCUCCUGCUGGUUGCCAGUAAAUAAAACACCAAAAUGGUAUA